AUGACGACGGCUCAUCGUCCGACGUUCGAUCCUGCGCGGGGCAAGGAAGCGCUUCGAGGGCCUGCUUACCAUCAGCGGCUUAUGCCAGCACAUACCCAACUCAAAUUUAGACAACAAGGCCAGGGCGGUGCUGCUGACACGGCGGAGCGAGAUCUACGGGCAGAGCUGCUCGCUGCAGAGGCAGCUCACUUCGCAAAGACCGGCAAAGGACCUGCGCCCGCGACUUCAACGCCUGUCCCGAAGCGACAAUUAGAAGCGCCAGAGGCCGCGGAUCCGGAGGAUGAUCCACAGGCAAAGAGACGGCGAAUAUUGGAAGAGUCAAGAGAUAUCGAUGCAGACUCGGAUGGCAGUGACGAUGAGGAAGAGGACAGCGAUGAUGACAGCGACAGCGACGAAGACGAGACGGCUGGUCUGAUGCGCGAGCUGGAAAAGAUCAAGAAAGAGCGUGCAGAUCAGAAGGCCAAGGAAGAUGCUGAGAAGGCAGCAGAGGAGCAAGAGGAACGUGAAGAGAAGAUCGCACUCGGCAACCCUCUAUUGAACCCGAGGGCGUUCAACGUCAAGCGGAGAUGGGACGACGACGUCGUGUUCAAGAAUCAGGCAAGAGGCACAGAGCAGAAGGGCGGCAAAGAAUUCGUCAACGAUCUGCUACGGUCCGAUUUCCACAAGAAGUUCAUGUCCAA